AUGACUGCUGACGUGAAAAGCUCCCACUGUCUUUUCCCUCUCCUCUCCAUGGCGCAUUCCACGCCUGUCCCUGCUGAUCUCGGCGCGUCAGCGUUUGCAGCGUCCUCGCUUCGCAGUACAGCAACGCUUCCCUCGGAGCCAUUGAGAGAGGAAGGAGUUGACCGCCUUCAAUCCGUUAGGCCGUUCGAUCUCUCGCUGCCCUCACACAAUUCGUUCUUAACUUCUCAAGCCGCUCGGUCUUCCAUAGUCGCGUCAGCGAUUAAUGCAGCAGCAACGGCUACAGACUCGGCGAAGCUGGCCAAUCAGCAGCAUUUUCUCCAACCAAGCCCUUGUCUCCCAUCGCCGGUUGAUGUCAGCUUACCUAUCGCCAUUCCCUCCGCUCUUCGCGGGACGGCGGUAGUGGCAGUAACUGGCGCGGGGAUCGAGGCGAAUGCGCUGAGCCCGCAUUCCACGCUGAGUGGCGGAAUAACGCACAAGCUGUUCCUGAGCACGCAAUCCUUCCGCAGUUUCCCCCCCAACCUCCCCCUUUCCGCGCUUGGCUCAUGCUCCUCCUCAGGAUCGUCGGGUUCCUCCUCCCCAUGUGGCGGAACGGGGGACCGCGGAUCGCAGUCGCUUUCUGUCAAGCGACAGGGUUCGGAGAACCUGCUGAAACGGAUUAAUUUUAGCAUGUCAAUGCCGAAUUUGAACGGAUGGUUGAGGAAUAAAGACAGGCGGUUCGAUGAAGGCGGCGCCGGAGGUUCUGCACACGGACCGGACGAGGGGAGCGACUUGUCGGCUAUUUUUGAAGUGCCGCAAAGCGCCGCGCAAAGUGCGGAGCGAAAUGCGGAGCGAAACGCCGUGCAGAACGCAGUGCAAAUCGCGGUGCAAAACGUGGAUGCUGGACAGACUGGGAUCACGCUGAGCCGCAGCCACAAGGAACCUGUGCGAGAAGUGUCGUGGACUGGCUCAGUGGUUGUGACUGAAGACGAGGAGACUACAGCGAGGUCGCCAGGCGAGUCGUCGCGAGGAAAGUGGCGAAUCACGCGAAGCAGUCGCAGCCAUCGCGAGCAUCACUCGCGAACGGGCUGGGCGGCGAUUGGCGACAAGAUUCGCCUGUCGUCGCUGUCGUCGAGUCGGCUACUGCCGUCGAGUCGGAGGAAUUUUCUGAGAAACUCUCCAGGGUCUAUGAAUGCGAUAAGCCUCACCGGACCCCUGGGUCCCGCGGGAGGGGAGGAUUUAAUCAGCAUGAGCCUUGGCCAAUCCUGUGGCGCUCCUGCUCCAGGAAAUCCGCAAAUGCCAGCGGGAGGCGCGGCGGAAGCGGCGGUCGCGGAAGGGGCGCGCGAUGGGCAGGGAGCGGACUGCGAGGGUGGCGAGCCCGAGCUGUUAGGACUAGAGGCGGAGGAAGGGAUAGUCGUCUCCUGGUCUUUAAAUAACGACGCUGCGGCGCGGGGGAACGGCGGAGCGACGUGCGCGGCGGCGGAGGGAGCGGAGUGGGCGGAGGGGGUAGCGGGGGAGGACCGCAUGCAGGUGGUGGCCUCCGGUAACGGCUACGUAUUUUCCGCCGUGUAUGACGGGUUCACCGACACGUCAGCAGCCGAUUUUCUCGUCGCUAAUCUGCACUCGCGCUUCGCGCAGCAAUUAGUCGCCCGCGGGUUGGAUUUCGGAGAGGCAAACUCGAAUACCUCUCUUGCCACGGAAGGAGGGGAUCACGGUAAGGUCGCGGACGCGUCGCGGCGGCAUGAGAUGGUCCUGCAAGCGCUAGCGGCGGCGCUGAGCGAAACUGAAGCGGCGUAUUUCGAGUCGUUAGAGGAGCGAAUAGCGGAGCGGCUGGAGCUGGCCGUGGCGGGCGCGUGCCUCGUGGUGGCCGUGGUAGCUGGACGCGAGCUGUACGUUAUGAACCUCGGGGACUGCCGCGCCGUGGUCGUCGCGGAGGACGGGCAGGCGGAGGAGGCGGGGGAGGCGGGAGAGAUGGGAGAGGUGGCGGAGGCGGAGGGGGAGGGGCGGAAGAAGGUGGGGGAGUUGCGGGCGACUCAGCUGACGGAGGACCACAACAUGAACAACGAGAAGGAGGUGGAGAGGCUGCGAAGGGAGAGGGCGGACGACCCUGACGCGAUCACAAAGAUGCGAGUCAAGGGCAAGCUCAAGGCCACAAGGGCGUUUGGUGCCGCCUACCUCAAGAAUCCGCGAGUCAACGCCAUGCUCCUCGGCAUGCUGCGAGUGCAGUACGUGGGGUCUCAGCCCUACAUCUCCUCCUCGCCGCAUCUCCACCACCUCACUCUCUCCCCCUCUGACCGCUAUCUCGUCCUCUCCUCCGACGGCCUGUACCAACACAUGACCCCUGCCGAUGCUGCUGCCUCUGUGUCUCGUGCACUGGCUUCUGCGGAUAAGGCUUCUGGUGCUGGUGGCGCCGGUGCUGAGGGUGGAUGUGGGGGUUCGUGUAAGGGCGCCUGUGGGCCGAAUCUUUCACAUGUGCUGGUGCAGGAGGCGCUUGAUCGAGCUGCAAGAAGAGCAGGUAUGACGAUUGAACAACUCCUUCAAAUACGUGCAGGCGAUUACCGCCGACAAUUGCAUGACGAUUUGUCUGUUACAGUUCUGGAGCUUCAAUGCUAG